GUCCGUUUGGUUUGCAUCGAGUUUACGUCGAUCCGGUGUAAGCAGCGUACCGCCGCGAAGCCUGCACCCCCGUACAGAGCUCAGAAUCAAAUUGUGCACGUUUGUCCGAGUUUUCUGCAGCGAGUCGUGCCGGAAAAGAUGCGCCGGCAAUUUGGAUUCUACCUCUUAGGUGGCUUAAUGCUGACCGUCUCCCGCGGUCUCGGCGCGGCGGCCACCGCCGCUUCCGAGGAGAUAUCCCCGGAGUUCGAGACCGUUCACACGAGCAAUGCGGCCGUCUUAAACCGGCUCGGGCUGUCACCUCUCGAAAUACCCGAUGGCCAUCACAAGAAGCGACUGGCCGGGCCCGAGCCGCCGGGAUUCAGUUCGCAGACGCGCAUUCAUCAGCCCUACAGCCGGCGUCACGGCCACCGGGACAGCCACGUUUACAUCGUGAAGCUUCCGGCCAGCCCGCCGUACUACACCAUCACGAAACCGCACAAGGCCUCGGUGAAAGACGACAAGGUAACGAGAACCGGCGGUCUGACGCUGCGCGAAUUUUUAGGAUUCCACGUGAACGGUAAACCGGACAAGAUCUACCACUGGAACUUGCCGGUGGUGAAGAAGAUAACGGAGAAACGGCGGCUGCAGAGUCAACUGAGGCUCGACCAGGCGAGGAGGAAGUUCGACGACAUGAAGAAGCGGCAACAGUCGGCGGGCCCGUUGAAGACAGCAAGCCCAGGCAAGAGCCACGACUACCACGGCGCCGACAACAGGCUGCACUCGCCACACCACAAGCCGCCGGCGAGCAAGCACGUGAGGAACAACGACAAGAGGCUCCGCUACUCCGACAGCCACGAGAACAACGGCAAGCUCUUCGAGUCGGCCAAGAGGAACGGCGACAACGACAAUGUAGUCGCCAACAAGGCGUACAGGCUCGACGACUCGAGCAUGCACACGAUCCGGCUGACCAACGAGCUCCAUGGCUCGCCGGCCAAUGCCGUGCUGAAGUUGAAGAAGCACCGGAAGAAGGCAGCCAUGUCCUAUUAUGCGCCGGCCGCCAGCAAGACGGGCCCCGCCAGCAUCCACAAGAACUUCCCCGGAAACGGCAAGCCCAAAGCCUUCUACGUCAUGGAGAAGAGCCGCAAGCCGGUGUACUAUCAUCCCCUCCUACCUUAAUCCCCGACCAGUUGGUCCACUGUAACUGUGCACAAUCGGUGUGUGAUGUCUUAAGUGGCCCGCGAGCCUGUUAGCCUAAGUAGACUCGUACUACUCUGUUUGUACAGGAUCAGGGGCCGCAGUUCGAGUAGACAACGACAAGGAGAGUGGGUCAGAAGGAAGGAAAAGAAAGGAAGAGAGAGAGAGAGAGAGAGAGAGAGAGAGAGCGAGAGAGAGAAACAGAGACUUUCAUACCUAUAUAUACAUACACACACACACAUAUAUAUAUAAGUAUAUCGCAUAUGGUCGUUCUUACUCAAGGCCGCGCGUAUCCCGCGGAUUGUUCCAGUUUUGUUAUGAAUGUACAUCGUUAUCAUUUGCACGUAAGCAGAGCGCACCGAGAAGGACAAAUGUUGCGAGAAUGCAAAUACAAAUCUCAUCUCACGCUGUGCGGCUCGCCGGGACGGCUGGGACUUGGCGCGGUCUCCGCUGUCAGAGUCGCGGCCACACCAAAGAUGAUGUCCGUAUUUGCAUUGUUGAGCAAUCGGAUCGGUGCUUCGUGAAAAGCGGCAAGUGGAUGGGGAGCUUGGUGAUGAGUAUCUCGCGAGAGUCGCGCUCCGUUCUGUUACACCGGUGAGAGAACGUUGAGCUUGAUCCUUGACCCCCAAAUUAAAGUUUGGUCUCUGCCAGUCCAACUCUGCGCGUCCCGACAAACUCGCAGGACCAAUAAAUAAAGGAUCUCGAUGUACAGUCGUUUGCGCGCAUGACACUCACCGUCCCGAUUGAAGAGUCGCUCGAUGCUCAGCCUACAUUUAAUUUUUCUCCAUCCUUUGAGCGAUUAAUGACGUAACUUGUUCAACUCAGGUAGACUGUCGCGAUAUUGAGUAAUCCGAUAAAUAAGUAUUAACCGUAAAUAAAAAAAAGAUUAAUAAAGAGUCCUCUACAUCAUAAAUUAAUAAUAGAUGAAGUAACAAAUUUUCUUCCAGCAGAAUCUCUGGACUUUGUACUUGUGUUUGAAAAUUCGAUAGGAAACUCUAAAGGAAGAGAAAAAUUUGUGAGCAUCUCGUCGUCGGCUAUCACAUCCUGGAGUCUAUUCCCACUUCGCGUAGUGCGGUCUAACGUUCAACGGCGCAAUGUGAAAGUACAAAGACGGCAUUCAGUCAUAUCUCGCUUUUAACUCCGUGACUGGCAAGCUGAAUCUUACCAAAAAGCUUAAGCAAAGAAUGCCUGGCAAAGAAUGAAUUUUUUAAAGUUGAGCAAUAUCAUUGAAAUUCGGUCUGGAGUUUCUCGAAUCUCGCUGUUUACUGGAUUGGAUUUUUUGAAUAUCCCAUCAGGAUUUCCAACAGCUAUUAAAAAAAAAGAAAGACAUUAGGAAAGCAGAAAAUUCGUUAUUAUUUAUUUAACAUUCAUAUGUUUAUCUUGUCUGCAGUUGAGCAAGUUACAUGAUUGACAUGUUGCUUCCUUCGGAUAUUAAAUGACUUUUUUAAUAAGUGUGCUCCUUUAAACUUCAACUAUUGGAUUUACACCGACGAAGCCCAUUCAGCGUUAAAUAAUCGAGAUCAUCCGUUGAUCCUCCAAGCUUGAUGGUGUUUGCGGGAUUAACUCUUUUUGACCUGUAUGAUUCCCAAAUACGCAAGGACUCGUAGAAAUGGAACAUGCAAGCUUCAAGGAAUAAACUUUGGGAAACAAAGACGAGUCGACUCUUAAGACGUGCAAUCGCAAUAGAAACCGGGAAUACGAGAACGUAGCGUGACUCGCACGCGGUGCGACCAUCGAUGAGACGCACGCAUUGUUGUUGCUAGGAUCGACUGGACCCUGUCGAAAGUAUCGCCGAUAACUGAUCGCGAUCAACUUGAUCCCGUUCAAUCAAUAUCGUCCUUCUACCGCGGUGAUGUUCCAUUUGCGCUCACACACGUGACUCAGCUUCUUCAUCCAGCCGUUCCUUCAUUCACGAUAAGACUUAAACGACAUACCCUUUAUUAACGAGAGGAGGCAAAAAUAUGUUGGAAGAAAUGCUAUAUAUAUAUAUAUAUUUCUAUUUAGGUUAUACAUACUGUGCGUAAGCGUUUUUUACACGACGAUCUACAGAGACACGAAGGGAGUUAAGAAGCUUGAUUCAAGUUUCAAGAGGACGAGCAAAAUCUCGGCCCGAAUCAUCCUCCCUCCCUCCCCCAUCCCACCCUCUCCCUUGUCUACCCGUUUCUCGUCUCCGAGCGAGCCUCCGAGAUCAAGUGAGAUCCUGAUGGUCGUGAUAGGAUUUUUUUCGGUCGCCGAAAUGUUUCUUCCCGCCGUCACAGGAGGAUCGUGUCGCGAACCCCUCCUCACGAUCGACCGCGUCCUCUGUCGCUAAGUUUUUUACAACGCUGUAUAAUAUAUUUUUGUAAAUGCAACGGACACACACCUGUGCCGUGCGCGCCAUCAUGCGCCGCGUGAUUUACGAGGUCGAGUGCGGGAAAACGUGCGCUCGAAAUUCUCGCAAAGUUCGUUGAAACAUAAAGAAAUAUAUCAUAACCUAAAAACUCAUACUUGCGAUCGAAACGCGCGCUCGAAAUUCCCGCAAAGUUCGUCGGAACAUAAAGAAAUAUAUCAUAACUUAAAAAAUUUUGCAAUCGGCUGCAAAAUGCUCCAAACGUUUUCCUCUCAUCCCGACGAUCAAAGAAUUAACGCUAAAUUAACGCGACGAAAUCAUGGGAAAAGACGAAAAGGUGAAUCGCGCGUCGCGUUAAUUUCUCGACAAUUUAUCGAUCGUUGUCGGCAGAAGGAAAACCUCCCGAGUAUUUUGCCAGUGCGCUCAACUGACCGCGAGUGUCAUUUUUCGGAUGUGUUCCUUCAUCUCGAUGUACUUCGCGCAAGAAUCAUCGACAUGCGUUUUCUCGCUUUCGACAUCACGGAAAGCAAGAUGGCCGCGGCGAGUACCCAGCAGCCCUGACAUUUAUUGGGUCUAGUUCCAGGAGAGUUUCUCCUUUAAUUCGCCUAAUAAUGUGUAUAUGUUUAUGCAUCGUGCCCGAUUAUUCCGACGGAGAGCCGCCCUCUCGAGAUAAUAAUCAGCAGUUAUGACACACGACGACCGCGCGUGAUUGAGCAAUUAUUGUUUGGGACUAGCCUAUGGUAAAUGUUACGGCUAU